AAUAAAUACAAGAAAAACAGUCUUAGCAAAGACUAGUGGUGUGUAGAAGUACCCAUCCACAGAAUCUACUAACUUACAACCCCUUAUAUAUAUAUAGAUAGAUAGGUUUAUACAUCAAAAGUUAGAUCCUCACAUACACAACAACAUAUUAUGGAAGAUAAAACUUCAACAAAGAUAUUUAUGGAAGUUGAUGAAAGACCAUCAUCAUCAUCAUAUGAACAUGGCAAAAAUAGAGAUUCAGAUAACAACUCAUCCCUUCAUAACAAUACACCAGGAUCUCCACUUUUAUUAAGUUUGAGUCUUAAUAACACAACACAACAUCCUCAUGAAAUUCAAGGAAAGUCCCAAAUCCAAAUUGGGGAGCUUAGAGUAAAGCUUGAGGAAGAAAAGAAGGAGAAUGAAAAUUUAAAAGUUAUGCUAAAUCUGGUCAACGAACGAUGCAUUGUUCUUCAUAAUCGAUUACUUCUGCAUCAAUUAUCUUCAUCACCUCAAAAUAAUCACAACUUGCCGAUUGGAAAUAUACAAGAUGAGGAGAAACCGGUGUUCCCUACUAGGCAGUUCUUGAAUAUUGAUGAGCCUUCCUCUUCAGAUUGUGGCAAAAGAGAAGGAUUUGCUUCAUUGGAAAACAAUGAGAAUGUUAACAUUGGAAGAAACUUUGCAUAUGAGUGCAUUAAUAAUACUCAUGAAGGUGAAAUAAUUAGGAAAAAAUUAGAGGACCAAUUAUCUGAGGUUGAAUGCAGGAGAGCUAGAGUGUCUAUAAGGGCACGAUCAGAUUUUUCUUUGAUGGUGGAUGGAUGUCAAUGGAGAAAAUAUGGACAAAAGACGGCCAAGGGAAACCCUUGUCCUCGAGCCUACUAUCGUUGUAGUAUGGGAACUUCAUGUCCAGUUCGUAAGCAGGUGCAAAGAUGUUUCAAAGAUGAAAGUGUUUUCAUCACAACCUACGAAGGAAACCACAACCAUCAACUUCCACCAGCAGCAAAACCAAUUGCAAACCUAACCUCAUCAGCACUCAACACAUUCCUUUCAAACUCAACCACAAAUCUACAAUAUGGAACCAAUAUAUCCAACACAUUCCUCUUCUCUUCACCAUUAUCUCCACCAAACUCAAAUGCUAUAGCUACUUUCUCUCCAUCUCCAACAUGUCCUACAAUAACACUUGAUUUUACACUCCCUCCAAGUAACUAUUUGGAGUUCAAAAACCAUAAACAAUCAUCAUUGUUUUCUUUUCCAUUUCAAGGUUAUAGUUACCCUCAAUCAUUUGAGGUGUUUCCAAAUAUGAUAAACAAUGAGAGAAAACUUGCUUUGGUUGAUGUUGUGAGUGAAGCUAUAGCAAAAGAUCCUACUCUCAAGGCAACAUUGUUUGCUGCCAUGUCAUCAUUCACAAAUGGAGAUCCUUUCAAUGUUAAUAACCAAGGCCAUCAACUUAGUAAGAGUGGUUAGGAUCCUUGUUCUAUGUUGUAUAUAAAUACAUGGAUAUAUACAAAUAUAAGUAAGUUUUAUGAGAAAUUUUCAUUGUUUUUACAUAAGGAAAGACAUUAAUCCAUCAUGAUACAAUAUACUAUCAAAGUAUUUGGUUCUUGGUCAUGUAACUCUUAUAUGCCUCAUAUGUUAUAUUGUGUAGACUGUAGGGAAUUGAUUUUCUUAUAAGAAGAAUAGUUAAGGGAUAAAACCCAUGGUUUUAAUAAGGUUUCUCACGGUUUUAGUAAGGUCUUUGGUAUUCAAAAUAAUUGAACAAUUGAAAGUUACUUCUUAUUAAUGAUGAUAAUGAAAAUUGAUGAACAAAAAUAUAAUUCAAGUAGUGUAACCGGUUACAAGUUUGGUGUAACCGGUUACCACCUUGGUUUGUAGCAAAAGAAACAAAGCAAUGGCACUUGUAACUUGUUAAAGGUUUGAUGUAACAGGUUAACAUCUUUUCAGAAUUAAGACAGUGGUAUAUAUAUCACACACACUUGUUCAUCAUUUAUAUUGAUUGAGUUUUUCCCCAAUAUUUGGCAUCAAGAGCCUGAUUCUUUGAUCAAGCAAUUAUUCUGCGAAAAUGAUUUCCAUCUUCAAUGAAUGUAUCCCUCAAAAUAUCUCAAUUCUCAAUUCGAAGAAUUACGACAAGUGGUUCA